AUGAGAUGUAGGGCAUGUAGCGACACUUCGACUUGCACCCCAAACCCUGAUUCGAGGUUCUGCCAGCUUGCCGCGACAGAGUCAGGCGUACCUGCAAAGAUUCCGGUGUUCACCUUCUUUGACGGCUACUUCCCGGUCCCCGAGCUGGACAGCAUCCCGUCUAAGGUCCUUCUCCUGGACCGCUCGGUCACAGACACCUACGAUGACAAGCGCCGCCUUGCUGUUUGUCUCAGAGAAGCCUGCUGCGAGGCGACUUUCGCCCGUUGCUACUUGACUGAGGAGGAAGUGGCUUCGGCAGCUAGCGGCAGCAAAGACGGCCAGCUAUUUUUCGUAAAACCCCCUUGUGAGAGCGGCGGUCGUGGCAUCCGUGUCGUCGACACAUCGCAGCUGCGCGAGGUAGCCUUGGAGGCCGGAUCCCUGGUGCAAGAGGCCGUGCAGGAUUUGGAAACACUGGAUCGACGUAAGUUCGUGUUGCGGUUUUACCUCCUGAUCCAUGGAGGACGACUUUACCUUCACAAACGAGGUGUUGUCGUCGUGCAUGAGAAGCCAUACGACCCUGCGAGCACUGACUACGAUGUUCAGGUCUGCCAUGACGAGAUGCACAGUGCCGGGGCUGCCGAUCGGCUGCGUCCGUGGCACCUCCAGCCCGAGGCCGAGCGCUGGCGAAGCGCCGUGCGACAAUGCCUCACAGAGGCCCUACCGGCACUUCGGCCGCUGCUAGAGGCCAGCAGCAUGCAACGUUAUGCCCUGGUGGGCGGCGAUGCCCUCAUCGAGCGAUCAGGAGAUGCCAAGUUGAUCGAGUUCAACUUCUUUCCAAAUCUAGGCUCGCGCAAUGGUGCCCUCAACUCCUUGGUGAAGCAGCCGAUGCUGCGCGACGUCCUGAGCCAGGUGCUGCUCGGCCGGACCCCACCAGAUCUCGUGGAGAUUGCUGCGCUAGACAACACCGUGCAGCCUUGGGAACUAUGCAAGGUCCUAGUCGCACAAAAUCCCCAGCUGCAUCACCAGCAGGCGACGAGCCCUCCAAGCCAGCAGGGACAGCAGUCCACAGCCGCGUGUCGGGCGGAUGGGAACGAUCGUCUCGAAAGCAGAGGUCCGAAGCCGUGA